GAGAAAGUUUUCAAGAUGGCGGCGUAGACCUGCCUGUCCGCUGGAAAACAAUAGAAACAGCACACAGGGACUCAUCUAGCCCGUUCUCCGCCCCGAACCGAACCCGUACCGCGCACAUCCCCGGCUCGGAUUCGACCGGGGAAGGAUUAUCCGCGGCGGCCGCUCGGGAGGACUAAGUUUAAAGUAUCAUGCUUUAUUUACGCGUUUAAAGCUAGCCACACAGCUAGCAUUAGGUUAGCCCGUCUGCCCAAAACACAGCAGCUAGCGGCUAACGGCUACAAGGAGGCGGAGGAUCAGCUGUUUGUAGACAGAUGCUGUAGGAACAACCGACAGCUACAGCUUCACAUGAGUGCCGCUGUGACUGAAGGCCAUUAGCAAGACAAAGGUCGCCUCCAUGGAGCCAGCACAGGAGUCUUUGUAAAGGGCGAGGGGGGGUGAAAAGAGCCAAAUUCAGCAUUUUAUGGACGAAACCUGAGAAACCGGGAGUUUACUACAAGUCUUUAUUGAUGAUGGCGGAUUUUGUUACACCGCGACACAGCGCGGUGAUGGAGAGGCUCCGCCGGAGGAUCGAGCUCUUCCGGCAGCAUCACAACACAUGCGAGAGCCGCUACGAGAACGCGACGUUGGAGCGGCUGGAGCUGGAGCGGCAGCAGACCUUCGCCCUGCACCAGCGCUGCCUGCAAGCCAAAGCCAAGCGGUCCAAUAAGCACCGGCAGCCCCAGGCCAGCGGCGACCAGGCCGGACAGAGAGCGCCGGGCGGCGGAGGCGGCGGCGGCGCAGGAGGAGGAGGCGCGGAGCUGGGAGAGAGCGGCGGGAUGGCGGCGGAGCAGAGCCGGAACAGCACCCUGAUAGCGCUUCAGGAGACGGUGAAGAGGAAGUUGGAGAGCGCCAGUUCUCCUCUGGGCAGAGACCAGGUCAACGGCUUCAGCGAUGGCUUCCCCCCCAAUAAGAAGCCCUGUCUGGACAACGGCACUGCCAACGGCUCCCCCCUGGACUCCAAACUGGGGGUCAGCGAUGCCCUGAAUGCCAACGGGACCCACGGCACGUCGGCGGAGUCCACGGACGGCGGCGUGGAGCCCGGAUCAGACUUCCAUCGGAAGGAGAUGAAGCAGGAGCCGGACGACAUCCUGCCCAUCAUGCCUCCAAGCGGAGGAGGCAACAACAACAGCCUGUUCCCCGACCUCAACCUCAACGAGCAGGAGUGGACGGAGCUGAUGGAGGAGCUCAACUGCUCCGUUCCCUACGAGGACAUCCAGGACAUCCUCAACGAUGGCUUCGAGGACCGAAAGGACCCCCUGGACAUGGCUCCGACUCCAGGUGGGGCGGAGGGGGUGGGGGGAGGAGCGGCCAGUGGGGGGAGGCCGUCUUCGCAGGGUUUACUGCCCCCAGACUUGGCCAACGUCAAGGCGGAGUUCUCCCCGGCCUCGGCCUUCGAGCAGGACUCUCGGACCGGUUCCCCCCACGUCAGGUCCACCCCAUCUGGACCGCCGCCCCCUCACCCCACCAGCUCCCCUAUUGCCUCAUCCUCUGCUUCCUCCCCAGCCCUGCCCCCCUCCCAGCCGGCUCCUCCCCCCAGGCAGCUCCAGCCUCCCCCCAACCACCUCCUGGCCCCUGGCCCCCCAGGACCCCCGGUGCCUAAAGACCUAUCCCCAGCCCAGCAGUUGCAGCAGCUGGCAGCGCAGCAGCAGAGGGCGCAGCAGCAGCAGCACCUCCACAGCCAGCUGCAGCACAAACCGCCACAGCCGGGGGCCAAGUUCCACAGCCAGGGGCCCCACGCCCACCCCCCACCUUGGCCCCAGAUGGCCAACACAUCCCAGAGCCCACUAGGGGGCGCCUUUGGUAUGGACAAACCCACGAGCCCCUCCCUCUACCCACAGGACUUCAACCCUAAUGCGGCCCAGAAGCAGCUGCUGAUGCCCGGUCAGCCCAAUAAGGGGUCUCCCAAAGCGGGACCCGGGGGCUACAUGCAGGGGCCCAGCGGACACCCCAACAUGCUGGGCCACCCGGGGCCUCCCCUCAGCCACCCGCAGGCUCCGGGGGCCCCGGCCCCCGCCGCCAUGCUGAACUACAACAACACCAAACCUCUGUCGCACUUUGAUUCGGGGGGGCCUGGACCAGGACCCCCGCGGCCCCCCAACACCCAGAGCCAGAACAAGGCGGCCCUGCUGUCGCUGCUCAGACAACAGCAGCAGCAGCAGAUCAAACAGAAGAACAGCAUGAACUUCAGACCACACAUACCACACACACAGGACCAGAACUCGUACCCGGCUCCUCCUCACGGUCCAGGCGCCGCCAACAGCAUGCCGUCUGCGCCUGGAAGCAACGCCAUGGCGGCUCAGCCGGGAGCCAACGCCAUGGCAGGUAACCAUGGCAACGCAGCGUACCUGAGCAACCAAGCAGCGGUGGCGGCGGCUCUAAAGCAACAGCAACAACAGCAGCAACAGAGACAGAUCCUGGAACAGCAGAAACAGCAGCAGUACAUUCAGCAGAGGCAGCAGCUCAUGGAACAGGAGAAGCAGCGGCAGCAGGACCAGCAGCUGAAGAGACACCUGUCCAGACCUCCGCCUCAGUACCAGGACCAACCGGGUCAACCAGCCAAUCAGAACCCCUUCCCACAACCACCAGUCAACCAGUUUACAGCUUCUUCUCAGCCAAUGGGCAAUGUUGGCUCCAUGGGAGGCCCCGCCCCCGGAUCCCGCAUGUUCCCUCAGACCCAAGGUAUGAUGGGAAUGAACAUGGGCCAGGGUGGCGGUCCUGCGGCCGGUGUGGCUCCGCCUUCUGCAGCAGCGUCUCAGGCCGAUCUGAGCCUGCAGUCAUGUGGCGGCGGCGGAGGGGGCGGGUCUGGCGUGGACAUCCAGCAGGUGAUCUACAACAACAUGAACCUCCACCCCAACCACCCGGCGCACACCGCUCAGCAGGCCGGCCUGCAGCGGCAGCCCAUGGGCCCCAUGAGCGGCGCCCCCUACAGGCAGCAGCUCCUCCAGCAGCAGCAUCUGAAGUCACAGCCCAACGCCGCCAUGUUGAAGCAGCAGCAGCUCGCUGCUGCCGCCGCCCGCAUGCCCAGCACCAUGUCCAACAGCAUGAAUGCCGCCUGGCAGCAGCCACCUUCUUCCAACACCGGCAUGGCGCCGUUCAACAACCAGCCUUUCCACAUGCAGCAGCAGCAGCCUCGCAUUCCUAAGAUGGCCCCCGGCGGCGCCCCCUUCAACCCCAAUGGCCGUCCAAUGGCAGCCAUGAACCAACAGCAGAUGAUGCAGGCGAACAUGGCCCAGCAGAGGGCGCCCCCCAACGCCCAGCAGCAGCAGGCGGCCAAUCAGAACCAGGCCGUCCUGCCUGACCUGGCUGCCUUCGGACAGCCGCCACAGGGCGGCAGCGGGCGGCCGGGGAUGCAGUGUAACCAAGGAUACCAGGUGAGCCGGACUGCCAAUCAGCAGCAGCAGCAGCUGUCAUGUGGUUACAAUGUGGCGUCGGGGAGCUUCGCCGAGGAGAGCGAGCUGGUGGAUUCGCUGCUGAAGGGACAGAGCACGCAGGAGUGGAUGGACGACCUGGACGAACUGUUGGCCAGCCACCACUAGCGGCAGUGGCGGAGCCUUCCCUCCGAAUCGGCCGCCGCGUCC